AUGCGGCAUCAUUAUUUGAAUGGUUCUUUGUUAUCCAAUCUGUCACAUUUUUUUGCAGCUAUAUUGUGUUCUUUAAAAAUUUACAUCAGUCUGGAGGUGACCCUUUCGUCAAGUUCAUGGCGUGUGGAAGGUACAAGUCUUGUGCGCUACAAUGAGGCUGUGGUUGGUACAAGUCUUGUGCGCUACAAUGAGGCUGUGGUUGGUACAAGUCUUGUGUUCUACAAUGAGGCUGUGGUUGGUACAAGUCUUGUGCGCUACAAUGAGGCUGUGGUUGGUACAAGUACACAUGAGGCUGUGGUUGGUACAAGUCUUGUGCGCUACAAUGAGGCUGUGGUUGGUACAAGUCUUGUGCACUACAAUGAGGCUGUGGUUGGUACAAGUCUUGUGCGCUACAAUGAGGCUGUGGAUGGUACAAGUCUUGUGCGCUACAAUGAGGCUGUGGUUGGUACAAGUCUUGUGCGCUACAAUGAGGCUGUGGUUGGUACAAGUCUUGUGCGCUACAAUGAGGCUGUGGUUGGUACAAGUCUUGUGCUCUACAAUGAGGCUGUGGUUGGUACAAGUCUUGUGCGCUACAAUGAGGCUAUGGAUGGUGCAAGUCUUGUGCGCUACAAUGAGGCUGUGGUUGGUACAAGUCUUGUGUUCUACAAUGAGGCUGUGGAUGGUACAAGUCUUGUGCGCUACAAUGAGGCUGUGGUUGGUACUAGUUUUGUGCGCUACAAUGAGACUGUGGAUGGUGCAAGUCUUGUGCGCUACAAUGAGGCUGUGGUUGGUACAAGUCUUGUGUUCUACAAUGAGGCUGUGGAUGGUACAAGUCUUGUGCGCUACAAUGAGGCUGUGGUUGGUACUAGUUUUGUGCGCUACAAUGAGACUGUGGUUGGUACAAGUCUUGUGCGCUACAAUGAGGCUGUGGUUGGUACAAGUCAUGUACUCUACAAUGAGGCUGUGGAUGGUACAAGUCUUGUGCGCUACAAUGAGGCUGUGGUUGAUACAAGUCUUGUGCGCCACAAUGAGGCUGUGGUUGGUACAAGUCUUGUACCCUACAAUGAGGCUGUGGUUGGUACAAGUCUUGUGCUAUACAAUGAGGCUGUGGUUGGUACAAGUCUUGUGCGCUACAUUGAAGCUGAUUGGUACAAGUCUUGUGCGCUACAAUGA